CCAGAUUCAAUGCGACCCGAGGAGCAGCCCGAGGCUCCCAGCGCGCCAUGGCGGGCGGCUUCCACUUUUGUCAUGGGCGCGGUGGGCGUCCUGUGCAGUGGUUUUCUGAACGUGUGGAGCAGGCCUGAGGUGCAUGGCAUGGACGAUUUCCUGAGACUGCUGGACGAGAGGGAGAAGGUUGAGAAUAGGGAGAGGGGACUGCUCACUGUAUCCAACCAUAUCUCAGUAUUGGAUGAUCCUUUGCUAUGGGGUGUACUUCCCUUGAGCUAUGUCUUCAGCCCAAACAACCUACGCUGGGGUCUCGGAAGCUACGAUCUAUGCUUCCAGAACAAGGCCACGUCUACCUUCUUCUCUCUUGGCCAAGUCCUCCCCACGCAUCGAACAGCGCACUCCAAGCAUGGCGGCCUCUUCCAGCCAACCAUCACUCAAGCCAUACGCCUACUCUCUCGCGGUCCUUUUGUACGUGUCAACGAUGCCCCAGGAAAGCCUGAAACAUCGCUUUCGAGUCCCGACCUCAGCGAUCCGUUCAGCGGCGGGCACCUUACCUUCUCAACCAACGGAGAGGACACGUUUCCCGCACCCUCGGCCUAUAUGAGCAGACGACACGCAUGGGUGCACGUCUUCCCAGAGGGCAUGAUACAUCAGACCGAGGACAGGAUCAUGCGGUAUUUCAAGUGGGGCGUGUCGAGGCUCAUCUUGGAGAGCGACCCUAUGCCAGACGUGGUGCCCAUCUUCAUCGAGGGCUUCGACGACGUCAUGGACGAGAGGCGCACGUUCCCCAAGUUCAUACCACGGCCAUUCAAGAACAUUAGAGUCACAUUUGGGGCAAGGCUGGACGCGGAAGAGGCGUUUGGGGACCUGCGCGAGCGCUGGAGGCAGAUACGCGCAAAGGAAGAGGCCAAGGCAGGGUCGAAGCUGGAGGUCGGGGUGCUGAACAACGCGCUUAAGUACUCGGAGGAAGUUGUCAGCCUGCGCAUGGAGUGCACGAGGCGGGUCCGGCAGGCUGUUCUCGACGUCAGGAGGCAGCGUGGAUACUCUGAUGAGGAUCCCAAGAACAACCUCGCGACAACGUGGUUACGAGAAGGGCCCAAGGCGGACGGCCGCAAGGACGACGGCAGCAUCACGAAAGCGGAGUGAUUGUGGAGAUGGAUUGAUUGUGUAUAUAGACGUGUACAACAGCCGGGCGCAGCAUCGUGUCAGAUUAGAUCAAGUAAUUACACCAUCAGCGACGUGCCAGGUCUGCUGCGCCGAUCAACCACACGCAGCGUGGAGCUGGCGGGUUUCGUCGUUGCGCAACAAAGCCGGCGUCAGGGUCUCUGGCGUGCUCGUGUCGUCAUCCACUGCUGCGUCGCGCAUCCGCCGCCGGCCCUGUGAAGGAAGGCGGUGGAUGGCAAGCAUGAUGGUCGCAGUCUGGCACGAAGAAGU